AUGGACAAGCUCAUAAACUGCUGUUUUACAACAACGGAGAAAAGUCUGUUGUCUGAUAUGCCGCACUCUCCAUCGAUCCAUUCUCUGCAAGCAUCUGAAAACUGGAAUGACAUCCUGUUUACAUUGAGGAGCAAAAAUUCCACAGAGCCGGUGACAACUCAGCCGUCUCCCGUUGCUUCUGCUACAUCCAGAGUCACAACCAUCCUGUGUACUGGAGGCAGCUGGUCCACUGGCCUAUUGGACAUCUUCCAGGACAAGGGAGUGUGUGUGUGGGGCUUGCUCUGCAGCCCAUGUCUGGAAUGCAGCCUUGCCAGCCACUACGGAGAGUGCUUCUGCUUCCCGCUGCUGCUGGGUUCCACUGUGGCCCUGAGGACCAGCACCAGAGAGCGAUUCAAAAUACGCGGAACCCUCUUCGGAGACUGGAUGGUCGUUCAUUGCUGCUGGCCCUUUGCUGUCUGCCAAAUGGCCCGAGAAAUGAAAAGGAGGCCCGUCUUCCAGGUCUAUGAAACAUCCCAGCUGCAGCCUACCCCUCCAGCCAAAGGUGCUUUCGUUUAA